AUGGCCAGCACAGUCACCGCAGACCUUCUCUACUACUCACCCCCCAAGGACGGCUCGAAGGGGUACAACUACAUUAACGCCGAUCCUAUCACUGGCCAGCGCAGGGGCAACUGGGAGCCAGAGGCUCACGCAGUCGAGGUCGAGAAUAUUCGCGGGAAGGAGGACUCGUUCACACUCGAUACGUCUGGCUUCCGGUUCUUCCGCCGCCCCGCCCAGCACACCACCUUCGUGAAUGACGAAGAGGUUGAGCGCGAGUACUAUCCUGAGAGUAUCGCGCUCGUGAAGGAGCUGACGGGCGCAAGCCAUGCCGUCAUCUUCGACCACACAAUCCGCCGCCGUCGCCCUGGCGAGAUCGAAGACACGCCGCAGAAGCGCCAGCCUGUCGCGCAGGUUCACGUCGACCAGACGACCGCGUCCGCCAUCGCACGUGUGCAUCGUCACCUGCCGGAGAGUGAUGCUCCCACACGCCUCCGCCGCCGCUUCCAGAUUAUCAACCUCUGGAGGCCGAUCGCAUACCCAGCGCUCGACUGGCCGCUCGCCCUGUGCGAUUACCGCCAUGUCGACCGGAAGGUGGACCUCGAACCUACCACGCUGAAAUACCCCGAUCGCGACGGCGAGACGUUUGGCGUGAAGUACAACCCGAAUCAUCGGUGGAAGUACAUGCGUGGGAUGACACCCGAGGAGCUUGUGCUAAUCAAAUGUUUCGACUCGCAGGAUGAUGGGAACACUGCUAUCCUUACGCCUCACACCGCCUUCGUGGAUCCGAGUACUCCGAAAGACGCCCCGCUUAGGGAGUCUAUCGAGUUGCGUUUGCUUGUGUUCUACGAUUGA